CGGAUGUUCAGAGACACUCCACCACCAAUGAUCAGUCAAGGCUGGGUUUACACGCGCAUGUGGGGGUAGUAUUUUAUCGUACUGCUAGAAAGAAGAGUAAAAUCCACUGUUAAGUGAUUUUACGUUUAAUAUUUGCCUCGUUUAAAUGCACCAAAUUUGAGUUGGUGGAGUUAAUUACUUUUUUCCACGACAAAACCUGGAGGUCCUGACGAGGUGGUUGGCCCAGCUGUUUGUGAGUGUGGGAGAGUGAGUGUAAAAAGAAGUCAACAUGGUUCUUGCCCACAUAAAAGGAUUUGGUAAGAAGCUACUGAGGUUGAAGGUGGUGGACUGUAGCACAGAAGAGUCUCGGCUCUCUCGAUGUCUCAACACUUUUGACCUGGUGGCCCUCGGAGUGGGCAGUACGUUGGGCGCUGGUGUGUACGUGCUAGCCGGAGCGGUGGCGAGAGAAAAUGCCGGGCCGGCUAUCGUCGUGUCCUUCCUCAUUGCAGCGCUAGCAUCGGUCAUGGCCGGACUGUGUUAUGCUGAGUUUGGAGCUCGUGUGCCGAGGACAGGCUCAGCAUAUCUGUACAGCUACGUGACUGUUGGGGAGCUGUGGGCCUUCAUCACUGGCUGGAACCUCAUCCUCUCUUACAUCAUAGGAACGUCCAGCGUGGCUCGAGCAUGGAGCGCCACUUUUGAUGAGCUCAUUGGGAAACACAUUGAAAACUUCUGCAGGCUUCACAUGAACAUGAAAUCACCGGGAGUGCUCGCAGAGUAUCCCGACAUGUUUGCUGUCCUCAUCAUUCUCAUUCUAACAGGUCUGUUGGCGAUUGGAGUAAAGGAGUCUGCUAUGGUCAAUAAAGUGUUCACCUGCAUCAAUGUUCUUGUCCUGAUGUUUGUGGUGGUUUCGGGCUUGAUCAAAGGAACCAUCAAUAACUGGAAUCUAAAGCCUGAGGAGAUCCUCAACAGCACAUCCUAUAUGAAUUCUUCAGAGAUGUUGCCAUCUGAAAAGAGCUUGGGUACUGGUGGCUUCAUGCCCUUUGGUUUCUCUGGAGUUCUGUCUGGUGCUGCGACCUGCUUCUACGCUUUUGUUGGCUUUGAUUGCAUUGCCACCACAGGAGAGGAGGUGAAGAACCCUCAGCGAGCGAUACCUAUUGGCAUCGUGGCAUCACUGCUUAUCUGUUUUGUUGCAUACUUUGGUGUGUCAGCCGCCCUCACAAUGAUGAUGCCGUACUACUUGCUUGAUAAGAGCAGUCCUCUGCCUGUGGCCUUUAAAUACGUAGGCUGGGAAGCCGCGACGUAUGCAGUAGCUGUUGGCUCACUUUGUGCUUUGUCCACAAGUUUGUUGGGCUCCAUGUUCCCAAUGCCCCGGGUAAUAUGGGCCAUGGCAGAAGAUGGGCUUCUCUUCAAGUUCUUGGCCAACAUCAGUGAAAAAUCCAAAACCCCUGUAAUAGCCACCAUCACCUCUGGAAUAGUAGCAGCUGUGAUGGCCUUUCUGUUUGAUCUAAAGGAUCUGGUUGAUCUCAUGUCUAUUGGCACUCUUUUGGCAUACACGCUAGUAGCAGCAUGCGUCUUGGUUUUGAGGUACCAACCAGAGCAGCCAAGCGUGAAUGUAGAGUAUCAGAUAGCCAGCUGUCAGGAGGAAACUGAAGCGGACUCCAUUAAUGACAGCAGCGCAGACUUCCUAUCUGGAUCUCAAGAUCCCUGCACUCUGAGCAACAUCCUCAGCCCCAAAAACCAAGAACCUUCUCGUCUCUCUGGCCAUGUCGUCAACAUCUGCACUAGUGUAUUAGGUGUACUGGUGUGUGUGUUCUGUGUUGUGGCAGUGCAUGGUGGCAUUCAGAUAUGGGCUCUUGUCAUUCUUUUAGCUCUGUUCGUGAUUUGUUUCAUCGUCACCAUCUUGAUAUGGCGACAACCAGAGAGCAAGACAAAACUUUCCUUUAAGGUUCCUCUUCUGCCGUUCCUCCCCGUCCUGAGCAUGUUUAUUAAUGUGUACCUGAUGAUGCAGCUGGGUACAGGCACCUGGAUGCGCUUUGCAAUUUGGAUGGCCAUAGGUUUUUGUAUUUAUUUUGGUUAUGGGAUCAGUCACAGUACAGAAGAAGCGUUGAGGAGUAACCAUAUAGAAGAAAACGCCACCUUCAAUCCGAUAAUCACAGAUGAACCUGUACCCGAGAAAGAGGCUUUCAUCAGGAACGGCAUUACAGUCACGUCAGAGGACAGCGAGUCUUGAAUACACAGUUGACGUGCUACUUUUUUAGGUUAAUUUCUUACCAGCUGUAACCAAACCGAGCUGCUAUUGAACUUCAACAUGUCUGCUGCUCUACAAACUAUCAAUGACCGUUAUAUGUUACUAGAGCCAAAGCACCUUUAAGCAGCAUUACGAGACGUACUGGACAUUUACAUUUUUAUUGACGAAUUAAUUGCUUUUUUAUUGAGGUAAAAGUGUCAAGGACAGCAUUACUGAUCAUAACAGGGUCACAGCAUACGUGCCCUAACUACAUGAAGGGACUUUGCACUAUUGGAACAAUCUGUUCUUCCUUUCUGUCCAUUUUUUAUCUAUUUAUUUUUUUGCAUACUUUUAAGCUUUUCUGUUGACUUUUUUAAAGGGAUCUCUAAUAUUAUCUACAAUUCUCUUUGUGCUGUGCAUUUUUAAUGUCAAAGCUGAAGAAUUCUCUCAGGCGUGAGGUCAAAGACGGUCGCCACUUUGUGGCAAAGUCAUGGUUUUAUAUUAAAGAAACACAUCCUUAUGAAAGUGGGAGCUGGUAUGAUAAUAUUUUCUUCAGUGGGAUUAUAACACUUUUCUAUGGUCACAUUGCCUUACAGUUGACGUUUGGGCACAUUGCUUGUCUGUUGGCAGUUUUAUGUUUGCAUCUGGUGGGAUUUUAAAUCAAUUUUAUUAAGGUUUUAUCAGAAUUUUCAUUCUGGAUUUGUGGAUUAUAGAAUACAAAAAAAUCUAUUCGAAAGCAUUAAUGUUUUGGUGGUUCUUGUGGAUUCACCAUGAACUUCAUUAUCAUAUUGACAUGUUCGUAAUAUCCACUAUACUACUUUGCAAAAAGGUUGUUGCAGAAACAUUUUAUUGUCUUUUUAUGUAAACAUAAUUGGUUCUUAGCUAAAGAUAAAAAUGAAAAUGUAUUGUAAAUAUUUGCUGGUGUUAAAAAUAAAUUAUUGUGUUGUUUGUAAA